AUGGAUACAUCUCUGAUAAAUACAUCUUAUCAUCAUCUUUGUCAUGCAUUUAUGGAUUCAAUGAGGUUUUCAGACCCACCUUCUUUUAUACCAAAGACUGACAAUCCUGAUAGCGAACGAGACAAAAUCAAUGAUCAAAAACAGCAAAAGAUUCAGCCUCUAGAACAAUUUGAAGGAAAACCUGUUGAUAUAGAAAAAUACACUUCCAAAAGUGGAACAAAAUCAAAUGAUACUAAAUAUUCUAGCAUUGAAGAAGAUUAUGAAUUUCAAGAUUACAGUCUCUCUUACAACCCGAUCCCCAGGACAAAGUAUGACUUUCUAUUCGCUGUUAAAAAUGAUAAGCAGGAAGAAAAAAUAGAUUCUGAAGGAAAAUUUUAUCAACCAGUGAUUGCAUUUCGAGGAGUUUUCAAAGAUCGUAUCUUCUUUUUCUAUGGAACAAGUCUUUUUGUGGUAUCAAUGUAUGGUGAUAUAAGUCCAGCAUCACUAACUAUAAUGCCCUAUUGUUACUGUCCUUACUAUCAUUUUGUUAAAUUCCGCGAUCCAAUUGGUUGGCGCGAAAAGAAGAUUGUCAAGGAGAUGUUGAAGUACUUUUCGAAAGAUAGUAUUUAUCAGAAGAAACCGGUGCUCUAUAGUCAUUGGGCAGAUGUAGGUCUACCAUGUUAUGGUAUUGAAUCUGCACAUUAUUAUCCAGAUUGUUUCAUUCCAAUGGGGGAUGUUAUACCUCAAACCUAUGACUAA